CGGGGAGUGGGCGUGGCCGGCGGCCGUUGGGGCGUCUCGCGCUGGGUGACAGCUCGCGCGUGCUGAUGAUGGCGGGCUUUGAAGCUGUGCUGCCUUACAAUGAAGACUUAAGUAGUAAUUAAAUUCUCGAAGAACCGCCAAGACUCCUUUGGCUGAAAUGGGGAUGUUCCGCGCCCUGGAUGCUGCGUGGCGGAGGAAAGGAUGUGUAAACAUGACUCCGUCAAAGCAGCGAAGAUUUCUGUAAGACAUGGAUAGAUGCAAACAUGUUGGGCGGCUACGACUCGCCCAGGACCACUCUAUCCUGAACCCCCAGAAGUGGCACUGCGUGGACUGCCAGACGACUGAAUCAAUCUGGGCUUGUCUGAAGUGCUCCCACGUAGCCUGUGGGAGGUACAUCGAGGAGCAUGCACUUAAACACUUUGAAGAAACCAGGCAUCCGUUGGCAAUGGAAGUUAAUGAUCUGUAUGUCUUUUGUUACCUUUGUGAAGAUUAUGUCUUGAAUGAUAACCCAGAGGGUGAUUUGAAAUUGCUGAGAAGUUCUCUGUCAGCAAUUAAAAGUCAAAAACAUGAUCCGUCAACAAGAAGUGGCAGGACAUUGCGAUCAAUGGCUUUGGGAGAGGACAUGUGCAGCCAUCAAAGGAGCCCUCAGGGACAAUCUCAGAUGCUUACAGCUCUCUGGCACAGGCGCCAGUCCUUGCUUGCGAAGGCGUUGCGGACCUGGUUUGAUAAGAGCUCUAGAGGCCAGCUAAAAUUAAAACAAAAGAAACAAAUGGAGGAGUUGGAGAAAAAGAAGGAGGCAGCUAGGCAGCGGCGGCAGGAGAUGAAGAGACAGCUCCUGGAGGAGUUGGCAAACACUCCUCCACGGAAGAGCGCGAGGCUGUUGUCUCACGUGCACAGAGAGAACUUGAUUCCAAGGAAAUUUAGGGAGGUGGCGGCUGCUUCCCCUACCUCAAGGCAGAUGCAGAGCAGCAGAUUCAAACAGUUUUAUUCCAUCCGGCGUAAGCCUCUGAUGACUCCCGGGGUAACGGGUCUAAGGAACCUGGGAAACACAUGUUAUAUGAAUUCUAUUCUGCAAGUGCUAAGUCACCUCCAGAAAUUCAGAGAAUGUUUUUUGACACUUGAUCUCUGUGAAACAGAAGAACUCUUAGCCAAAACUGUGAAUGGGAAGUCUAGGAUGCCUGGCAAAUUGGCAAAUGGGUCUGCUGCUAAUGAGUCGGGGAAGACUGACAAAGUGGGAUCAUAUGGCACGCAGAGCUUGCCAGCUGGCUUAAAUGGUGGCUCCUCAAUAAGCAGGAGUUUAGAACUAAUACAGCCCAAGGAACCGAGUUCAAAGCACAUCUCCCUCUGUCACGAAUUGCACACCCUCUUCAGAGUGAUGUGGUCUGGCAAGUGGGCGCUGGUGUCCCCCUUCGCCAUGCUGCACUCUGUGUGGAGUCUGAUCCCGGCGUUUCGAGGGUACGAUCAGCAGGACGCUCAGGAAUUUCUCUGCGAGUUGUUGGAUAAAGUACAGCAGGAGCUGGAGUCGGAAGGAACGAAGCGCAGGAUCCUCAUCCCUUUCUCCCAGAGGAAGCUCACCAAGCAGGUCCUGAAGGUGGUGAACACCAUCUUUCACGGGCAGUUGCUUAGUCAGGUCACCUGCAUAACGUGCAACUACAAAUCCAACACUGUUGAGCCCUUUUGGGAUCUUUCCCUGGAAUUCCCCGAGCGCUAUCACUCUAUCGAGAAAGGCAUCGUCCCUGUUAACCAGACAGAGUGCAUGCUGACGGAAAUGUUGGCCAAGUUCACCGAGACGGAAGCUCUGGAAGGGAGGAUUUAUGCAUGCGACCAGUGCAACAGCAAACGGCGGAAGUCUUCUCCUAAACCUCUUGUUCUGAGUGAAGCUAAAAAGCAGUUAAUGAUCUACAGACUACCUCAGGUCCUCCGACUGCACCUUAAACGAUUCAGGUGGUCUGAACGUAAUCACCGUGAGAAGAUUGGGGUCCAUGUCCUCUUUGAUCAGGUAUUAAACAUGGAACCUUACUGCUGCAGGGACUCCCUCUCCUCUCUUGACAAAGAGACCUUUGUCUAUGACCUCUCCGCUGUGGUGAUGCAUCACGGGAAAGGGUUUGGCUCAGGACACUACACAGCAUAUUGCUACAACACAGAGGGAGGUUUUUGGGUCCACUGCAAUGACUCCAAACUGAAUGUAUGUAGCGUGGAGGAGGUGUGCAAAACCCAGGCCUACAUUCUUUUUUACACUCAAAGAACAGUGCAGGACAAAGCAAGAAUCUCAGAAAAACAACUCCAAGCUCAGGUGCCAUCCAAAAAUAGUGAUAAGGACAGAAGACUGACAUUCCCGUGAUGGGGAGCUCUGUAACUCAGUCAACAGUCUCAAUUUUUUUCAAAACCAUUGGCGCUCACAUCUUUCCUCUUUGUAGGAAAAAAGGCUCGCUGCAGGAAGGGGAUCAGAUCACGAUGUUUGCCGCCCAGGGUCUGGAAAAGCGUAUCGAGCUGUGCAAUUCUGACACGUAAGAUCGUAGUCAGAAUCUUGUUUUUAAAGCAUCUUGUUGUUAAGUUAUGCUCACAAAAUGAAAUGAGAAAGUUUGAUGCUGUUUAUCAUUCAUCUCAUAUCAAAAAGGAGUUGCGUAAGGUGUGUAACAAAUGAGCACAACCAGGAAAUAGAGGCAUCCAGCUGGCUUCAAAAACCGUCAGUCCCUAGUAAUGCUGAUAAAACUCCAGAAGGAACAGGUACAGUACCCUCCCCUCUAAUUGCCAUUCAGAUUUCCAGGGCUUGAAUCACACAGUCACCCGGGUAUUUAUUUGAACGGUUGUUGGAUAGAUGGAGUUGACUGCCCUGAGAGCCGUUCUUGCUGGAGAAAUGUUUAAUGUUCUUCUACCAGAGAAGAUAUUCCCCCGGGUCUCAGCUAUCUCCGUGAUACUAAUUUCUUUGCCAUCAGUUGAAGGCAAACCCGUGGCUGGCAAGCUUAGUCAGCAGCUCUUUUUCUCAGUGUUACCGAGGCUGUGUGCACACUUGAAGGUUUAUUCUCUGGACUGAACUGAAUUGGCAGCUAAAUUCACUAGCAAUGUGAUUUUAAAACAGUUCUGCUCUGGAGAAAGUGUGUUUGAAAACAAAACCCUGUAAUAAAACAGGAAUGUACCUGUGUGUCAUACCUGUUUACAGUGGCAGCAAAAACAAAGCCUAUACUACAGGCUUCUGCUGGCAUAACUUUGUCAUCGGGAUUAUAAAGGAGUCUGAGCCCUGGCUUGCCCAGCUGUGACAGCAGAAGCGGGUAGCGCGGAGGCAUCUUACACUGGCAAACUAGCACUUUUUUGUAAGUGUGGCUUGUUUUCCUCAGGGAAACAGGGUGGUGGUGAUACCGCAACGGUGGGAGACGCAGCGAGCUUCUGUUACCGCUUCUGUAAUGGAGACAUUCAUUAAUUGCAGUUGUCGGGGGAGGCCCAGACUGACCGAAGGCAGUGGGGUCGCACAGGUGUCGGGCGCAGAAUUCAGCCUCUGAAGUCUUUAUUUCUGCUGGGACGUAAAGGGAAGGAAUGUAGUUAAAUCUGAAAUUCCAUGUUGAGUUUGAAAGGUUACAAAAAUGUCUGUAUCUGUAAUCAGCUUACUUUUUAGAAUCCUGUGAGAAACGUAGGGCCUUAGUUGACUUUAUAGUCACUUCUCAGCCUGCAGUUGCACCUCAGGUGUUUUUAUAAUUUGGGGUUUGGCUGUUCACAUUUCAUGUUUUAAUCAAAUCUGAAUAUGUAACUGCAGAGAGACAUGAUGUCUUUCAGUCUUGAUGGGUUUUUUUUUUUAAAGUGGUUAAAGGUGAAGUAACCUAAAACAUGAGGUCUUCAAAAAAAAUUGGUUUCAUUUUCAGACAGAGAAGUUGCGGAAGUGUGUUUCGCUUCCUCCCUCUUCUCCUUUUUUUCUUGUCAGUGUUUGCCCAUCAGACACACGCUGACAACCCUACGUUGUUGUUGGAGGGGGUGAAGAGGUAAGUUUCCCAAAUACCAUUCUUCUCUUUCCACUGUGACUUUUAAUCUCCUGUCCUGUGGGCAAACUGGUCUCUCUUCCUUUGGCUGCUGUCAGUCGCUGCAGCCACGCAGAGACAAGCGCAGCAAACAAGUAGUUUCUAUUUUGUCAGAGCACAGUGUCGCACUAGGUCUCCUUGGUCCUUAAAGGUUCCCAUUUCUUGUGUGUCUGAGCAACACGCUGCUUUUUGAACCUACAAAACUGUCUUUUUGACAUUUAAAUAUAAUUUUGAGAUCCUGUGCCCUUAUUUUUUUUGGAGACGAGACUGUUUGAAACAGUCCUAUGGGAACUGAUUAAAAAGUUUUAGUUUUGGUUCUCUAAAUGUAGCAGGAUCUGGAAGGAUUUCUUAUGAAUGUCUGUAUAUCUAUGUAUUUACUAGGUAGGGGUUUUUCUGUGCUACCGGUAAAUAACAUUAAUAAAAAUGCAAUAGGCCAAACUGAGAUCCGAUAAAAGUAAAUGUGACUGCUGAUUGCAGGGGAAGCGGAAUUGGGUUCAGCACAGGUAGAAGCUGACAUUCCUGAAGGAAUCAAAAUCAAGCACUUGUGAUUAUCAGAUACGUGAUGGAUCCUUUUCUGGAGCAAAACAUAUGCUCUGUGAAGACUGUGUGUCUCAAAAAGAAAAUUAAAGGGAAAAUAGUGCUUAACAUUGCCUUUUUAAUCAAAGAGGUGGAAGGGAAAACUGGUGUUUUUCCCAUGCAUCAGUCCUCCCAGGACUGUCCACCCUUUAAGAGGAUUAUAUUCUUCCAAACGACAGUCAUGGUUUACUGCGACUACCAAAUGGUGCGUUCGCUCUCUGAAUCCCUUAGCCACGCUGGCCCUGUUUAUAUAAAAAUUUGAUAGAAAGACAAAUCGUAACACAGCAUGAGUUGUUCCUGCAGUGAGCUGAGACUUCGCUAUGAAUGCUCAUCUUUUGACUGAGUGUUUUGCAUUAAUAUUUGAAUUCAGGUAGUAAUACAUUUGUCAUGUGAAUCGAGUGGGUUGCAGAGGGGAAUGGGGAGCUGGGAUCGUUCCUGUAGCCAUUUGCUGCAUCUGAUGGCCCAAGCAGAUUUUGUAGCAUUUGCUGGUGACGUCUUUUGACACUAGUGGCCUCUCCAUGUGACGUUAGCCUAGUUGUGCUGAGAUGUGGAGAUACUGCAGUCAGAAAAAUGAUUGCCCUGAUAGGGAAGGAAUGAAUUAUACUUUGAAGUAAAUAAACUUGCUUUUUCCAACACUGUGAGGUUUCUGUAAUAUUUAGCUUUUAUUUGGAAGCGAUAGCGUAUAGCAUUUUUUAUGCUGUUUGGUUUAUAUUUGUCUGCUGCAGGCUUCUUUAUAUAAGCAGAGCCCAGCGCUCCCUCCAUGGUGGACACUGUUUUAUAGUGUCCUGUUUGCCAGAAAUUCUGAUGGGAAGUUACCUCUCUACAUCAGUAAGAUGAAAAUACUACUUGCAAUCACAGUGAAGCCCACUUAAGCCUGACAAAGGGUAGCCUGUAAAACAAACUUUGUCCCUUCUUUAAUGGUACGGCUUCAAAUCCUAAAUACACUGGUGCGUAUUUUGACUAAUUCCAGGUUUAAGGCUCUGCUUCUGCAAACGCAUGGGUUCAUGAUGUGACUUAACUCACGCGUGAAGUUCUAUGGCCACAGUCGCGUGUUGCGAGCUAAGUGUCUGCAACAUAAAAACCUUUAUUUUGGUGAAACUGGGAGUAGAAUUGGUGCUGGGAUUCCUGUACUGGGGUCCCAGUGGUGUAGCAAGGAGUGAGUUGCCUUGAGAGAUGCUCAGAGCAAGCGUGAGGCUCUUGGCACCUUGCAGGUUGCUGUCUGAAGGCCCAGGAAGCCGCUGUGCGCUGGCAGACUGGCAGCCUUUGGGACAGAACAGUUCCCAGCAUAUCCUUAUUCCAUUCCACUUGCAAGUAACUUGGCAUUCCUUAAUUUUAUGUUUUUAUGAAUGAAGAAUCUUAAUGUAUUCAUGGCCAGGUAUGAUACAGCAUCUGCUGCAGCAGUUGGCAAACACUUUAUUUUAGCUAACUUUAUUCCACUAGCAAAUUAGUUACAUAAAUUUGCCUUUAUGUUAUCCCUUUACUGUCUGUGUUCCCAAGUUAAACUAUGCAUACCGUAAAAACAGUUUCUUUGCAAAGCACUGAAAAACCAAAUUAUUUCCCCAUUAGUUCUGACCAGAACAAUUCUCUGGUCUGGCUUUGAAGUUGUUAAUGUGAGGCAGCAAAUAGAAUAAUGCAUAUUAAAUGUUUGACGUCAGACUUCACUGGGUCCCCACUUAGGGACUUCCAGAUGGGGGUUUUUUUGAGUAUAAGAAUAAAACUGGAAAUGGUAAAAGCAUUAAGUGUGUCCUCUGGGCUCGCUGUCAGGGGGGUUUUUUUGCUUUUAGACGGCAAGGCUUCUAGCAGAAAUAUUGUCUUGGUGGUAACUUAGAAACUCUUUUAUUGAUUGUAACGUCCCCAACGCUUAAUUGCAUCCCAAUGAGAAAGACUAAUGAACUUCUGGCUGCUGCCAGAUCCCCCCAGGAGGAGCUCCAGUGGAAGUCGAUGUGCUGCAGAAUGAGAACUACGUGAGCAAGAGACAGGGAGAUUAGUUUUACCUGCCAAUACCAUUUUCUGAAAUAAUUUUGUAUGAUUCCUUAGAUUUGGUGCCUUGUACCCAAUAAUAUUUUGCAUGGGACAGAAACGUUGGGAAAUAGGUCAUGGGUCUCCCGCUCCUGUCAGAAGCAGACAGAUUUGUGUGGUUUUACAAGUACUCAGUAUCGCUGACAUUUUUACACGUCAUAUCUGUACGUGAAUGAAGUUUACCAGCAAGCUCAGAAGCUAGUAUUUUAAUGUUAUAUGUUUGAAAUCUCUGUAUGUGUAAUAACUCGAAUAACAGCUCGUUCAAAAGCGUAUUGGAUUCGGCUUCUUAGAUUUUUCCCGUGUCAUCCAGGCCCCUCCAGCCAGAUCAGCAAGUUGGCAUCUGUCAGAGCACGUAGCAUAGAGCAAGGAUUAAAAACUCCAGUGGGGUUUUUAGAGUAGAUGUAGCUUUGGGAAGCACCUUCCGUUACAAACCUAAUGAUGAUUGCUGGUUUAGGAAAGAAAAAAUACAGUUCCCAUUGCCAUGGCAGUGUUUGUGCAGGUUUCCUUUUAGCAGUGUAGCAAAUACUUCCACGCGGGAGCAAAAGCAUGCCAUAGUAAUGCCUGUGCAAAUUUAAUAUGCAGUAGAUACAGUUGUGUAAGGUGGCCAAGUGUCCCUUCUUCAAAUUAAAUAGUAAAAUCCCAGCACCAGCUCUGAACACUGCCUUUUUGUGUGCCUCUAAUCCCUUCAGCGGGUUUGAGAUCGGAUAGGAUGGACUUAGGUUAAGAAUUUAUUGCCUGUGGGAAUAGAAAACCUCAAUUCAGUGGGUUUUUUGGUGUCUAUUACAUUAAUAUCGAUACCGGUUUAUUGCAGAUGGGAAUGUGAAGCAUUCGAGCAGGCUUCUAAAUUUGUAAAACCACAUGUUUAAAUGAUCAAAAGCUACAUACAUUAGUUACCUGGACCAACUAGUGAUUAUUUGUCUUAGUUGAUUUUAGGGGUGUGCCUUUAGGCUGCUCCUUCUUUGUACCUGUUUUUAUUUUGCGUGUGUGUGCAUGUGUUUUGCUCGUUUAAAGGAUGGUGGGCCAAAAGACUUUCAAAAAAGUUCUUAAGUCUUAAAAAGGAGCUUUGCAAUGCACAUUUCCAAAAGGGGGGGAGGGAAGAAAAAAUGGAAAAUAAAAAAGACCAGCCCAAUGGGCCGAAGACUGACUUUAACCUCUAUUAACUAUUUAUUGUUCAGAAGCUUGGCAGGAUGCAGGAUACACUGCAGUCACAGCGAAGUGCUGUACCCUUGGGGUCCUUCUUGAACUGCCGUACUACUGAUUUUGUGCCGGCUGGGAGGCAGUUGGGAUGAAUGAAAUGACCAGUAAAAAGAAACCCAAGCCGACUGCAGCAAUGAUCUCUGAUCUAAGUUUAGAAGAGACAGGAAGCGUCUGACAAGGGGACCUUGCGUGUUAGAGGACUGCAUGUUUUGCAGGCGGAGACAUCGACAAAAUGCAAACGCAGUCUCGUUCGCAGUAAGCUUCUACUGAUUUUUGCGGCAAAAACUUUCUCUGAUCAGUAGCCUUAUAGUGGCAAAACGAAUGGUGCUUUUCCAUUAGAUAUUACAGUUCCUAAGGAACAGUACCCCAAAUUCUCAAGUUUUAUAAAGGAGCUACCUACUUAAAACCCACAACGUCACUGUAAAUGCUUUGCCAUAACUGGAAGCGAGAAAGGAGAUGAUACAGUCGACGACUUCACCUAAUUUGAUCUGUAAUUUUUAGUCUUGAUGACAUACUUCCAAUAGAGGUGGAAGGAAAUUUGAUUUUUAUUUUUUUUCCAUGCUGAAAUGCUGUGCCCUGACUUGUCAAACUAGGAUUUGGUGGAAUAUGGAGUAGGAGAGGCCUCCUCUUGUUCCUGCCAUUUUCUGUGUGAGCAUGUCUUUCGGGGGGCAUGGGGCUUCUCAAUGUUGCUCCUGCUGAAGAGGAACCACCACAUCCCCUCAACGCGGGCAGGGUUCAGUGUGAAGUACUCGGGCUGGCCUUAUUUCCUUAGAAAAGCGUAUCUGUACCAUGGGGAUAAUUCGUACUGCUACAACUGGGUUAGUACGAAUCCGUGACGCGUUGGUGGGCAGAGAAGGUUAAAGAACGUAUGAUAGCAGGGGCAGGCUGGAGCUGGGCACGUGAAUAAUGUCACCACUGCUCAUAGUGCACCGCUGAAGAGAAUCGGUAGCUGAAAAAUCAGGAUAACCACCCGUGGGGCUGCCUCUCUUUUGCACAGUUAGCGUGGUGUUUGGGCUGCAUAACUCCACACCUCUUAUUUAGGAAUGGCAUGUCCAUAGCAAGUCUCAUCUUCACUCUCCUUAUAUUUAUUAAAUGACAUUAGUACGCCUGGCCCUUAAGGCUGUUUCCUAUUGCUACAAGAUGAACCACACAUUUCCAUGUGAAAACCAAGUUUUCGCCUGGUUUAUCAGAUGUGCAAACUGCAGUAACUUACCACUGCCAACGCAGCGCCCAUGUAAAAGAACUGGGUCCUGUUUUUUUUCCCUGCUUAACUUCAGCUUUGAUUAAGCAGUCACAAACUCUUUGAGCCACGUCUAACGAGCAGUUUACAGGAAAGAAACAAGUGGAUGAGUUUGUUUCCAGUAAAACUUUUUUUAACAGGUCUGCCUUUCCAUACAGGAAACUUAUAUACAACUUAGAAACUUAAAAGAGCUUCUCCAGGAGGAGUGCUGCCCAGGCGAGCUCCCUGAAGGUGUGAUGGGCUUGGGCAGGGUGCUGCCGGGGAGCCCCCGCUUCUGCUAAUGCCCUGGAAGCUUCACUCUUGACUUGAGUAAGGGCAGAAUUAAAGCGAAUCUUCAGCACUUUAAAAAAGUUUAUUCUGCUGUAAGUUAAGGUUGCUGGAAGGGUGCUGUUGGCAGAGGUUUGGCCAGAAGACGAGCAGUUUCCCCUCAAUAUGAAAUCCCCUGGCAGCUCUUGUGGGAAUAGGAGUUUAACGCUGCGCCGGUAUCUUGUGCGAGGAGCCAGGCUGGAGCUUGGGUGUGUUUCCUCAUUUUUCAGUGACUUCUUUGGGGACUUUAAGUCAGAACAGCCUCUAGUUUCUGCUUCGAGCUUCUGGUACUUGCGUCACUAAUGACUUAAGCUGAUGUAUGCCAUGCUGUGCUCAUGAAUGAGGCUGCCUUUGCUCCAAGGACACUGCCAGGCAGCAGCAAGUGACAAGAGAAUCCAAUUAAUUACCGAAUGUUUCUGGCAAUCUGUCCAGCUGUCUUGCAGCUCAGUGCAAGCGCACCAUUCCUAAUCGCGGGUUCAGCAGCUUUUAUUUUAGUCAAGGUUUGUUAAGACAACAUCCAGGAAGUCACCUAUGGCAGCCUUAUGUGCUUAACUGCCUGAACUGCCCCCUGCCUGAACCCAGGCUUCAGGAGGAGAUUAGUGUGUUCUAAAUCAAAACUAAGAUUAACUAUAAAAUGACUUAAUGUUCUAAUUAAUCCCCUUUUCCUGCAGAAACUGUUUCUGCAUAACUUGGAUUAUCCGUACUUCAAAAGAACUUAAUUUCUUUACAGGAUGUUAAAAUACCUGCUUUGAAAACAGCAUUUUUAAGGAUCUGUAUCAGUAGUGGAAUGUGUUUCCCCCUGGGGCAGGCGAGAGGGCAGUUCUGGGUCACAAAACGUGCAGGCAGUGCUACUUCAGAAGAAUGUCUUAAACUAAAAACCCGUGCGUAACCGUCCAAAGAAUCUGAAGCCAUGUUGCAGUCCUACUGCCAUAAUGCUCAGGGCUGGGAAGUUCCUCUGCUCUAUAAAAAGCAGCUUCGAGGUGCUGUCGUGUAACGCACCCGAGUCAAUCACCGCCGCAGCUCCCAUGGUGCUUUCGCUGUUCCCCGAACAGCUCCACCACCUACAGCUGGACUUUGAAGUUGGUAAGGGCAAGCUGUAGUCUCAGUCCAGGGCGCUAAAAUGCUAUGCAACACCAAAUGGCUUCUUCUUCCCACACACAGACAUCAUUCCUUUACAGUACGUGUCCCAGCUUUAUCUCAUCCGGACAUCACCCAGGAAACCUUCUGGUGGUUAGAGUUUACCUAGGGCUUGUCACAGUUUUGUUUUUCCUUUGAAUAAGUAGCUGAUGGGUCCUGCUUACAACCCAGGACU